UGUCAGCGUGCCAGCGGGUCAGUCCAAGUCUGUGUCCCCGCCGCCGGUAGACUGACCGGAAUAUCGCAUAGACUCGAUGUGUUUCUGUUUGGGACGCGGACUCAUUGAUGGAUAAACAGAGCUGAAGCAGGUGACCGUGUGACAUGGUGUCCUCCGGUUGCUUUGAUCCGCAGCAGGUUUGCACGAGCACGUAAAUCCGGUAGUGUAGGAAUCAGUGCAGUCCGUCGCACCGGUUCUUCCACUUUAACGUUACCGUUUCGCUACCGCCAGUUACAAAACAGCUAAAUUAUGUGACAUAGGAUCGUUCAGUGUUCUUUUUUAAACGGGUAAGUUGCGUUUAUCAUACUUUUUAAUAUGGUAUGAUGUCAUAUUGCAAGUUUUGAGGCUCGUCAGAAACAAGAAGCGACGAACAGCCGAAUAGCAUGACAUAACGUCAUUUAAAUGUUUGUUUUAAAUGGCUAUUAUUUCAGUUAGACUACUAUUAAUGCGUUAUGACGUCACAUUUUCAGGUAUAUGACUCGUUAUCGGUCAGUCUGUCUCACCUGACCAGUUACGAAGCGACGAACUGCUGAAUAACAUGACAUGAAGUCAUUUAAAGUCUGUGUUAAGGGGUUACUUUUUAAGUUUGUGUACUUUAACGUAAUAUUGUCAGGUGUAUGAAUGUUUAGCCGUCAGUCAGACUCACCUGGCCAGUUAUUAAGCGACGAACUCCUCAAUAGCAUGACAUUAAAGUCGUUUAAUGUCUGUUAAGAGUACUUUUUCAGGUAGGUUACAAUUGUUAUGACGUCAUAUUGUCGGAUAUAGGACUUGUUAGCGGUCAGUCAGACACACCCGACCAAGUAAGAAGCGACAAACUGUGCUGAAUAACAUGACAGAGUCUUAUAACGUUUGCACUUUUUCAGUCAGGCAUCUAUUGUUGCGGUAUGACGUCAUACUGUCAGGUAUAUGACUUCUGACCAACGUCACAGAGGUCAGUUCAGGUCAAGCAAGGAGUUAUUAUGAGCGCUCUUACUAAGAAGACACGGUUUAUUAACAACCCAGGCAAUAAGCUGUCUUUUGGCAGCGAUGCCUUCUUCAGUCUCUGUGAUGAGUCCAUCGGGAGAGGGAUGUACAUGGAGAAACACUGUCCGCAACGGGAUGGGAUGACACUAGCACUUAGAAAUCCCACUCGGGAUGGCUUUUCUGGAGACCAUCUGGAUUUAAACACAGCUUCUGUGUCCAACUACCUCCAUAACAGCAAUACCAGCUACUGCACGAGCCCUGUGUCGGACUGCCACGGGAAAGCGCUGGACAUCCGCAAACGUUCCUGCUCUUCCAGACACAGAUUCGAGGUGGUCACCGAACUGGGACCGGAGGAAGUCAGGUGGUUUUACAAAGAGGACAAAAAGACGUGGAAGCCUUUCAUGGGACACGACUCUCUCAAUAUAGAAAUCAUGUAUCGCAGAUUCACCCAGCUGAACCCAGGAGGAUCUGUAAAUCAGGAGAGAUUAGGAGAUGAUGGAGCACCGCUGGAGAGGCGUGAAAGUGAGGACGCCUGUGUAGAAGCGGUGUGUGUCAGAGGAGGACUCUAUGAAGUGGACGUGAGGAGUAAAGAGUGCUAUCCAGUGUACUGGAAUCAACAGGAGCGAAUCCCUGUGAUGAGAGGGCAGUGGUUCACCGACGCCACAUGGGCUCCUGUGGAGGAGGACGAGAGCGAGCUGAUCGAGAAAGAGCACCUGGCCUGUUUCAGAGGACAGCAGAUUCAGGACACCUUCGACACAGACGCUCUGGCCAAGACUGUGGACAGAAAAGAUGUUCUUUCCCACUUCCCUCCAUUCUACCUCCCCUUUCUAUUCAAAUGGAGCGGAUAUCAGACGGGUGCUAAAAGUCACAAGCGAAAGCGAUGUCAAGCCAUUCACAGUGUGCAGCUGAGCCGCAGUCAUGUGGACUGGUACAGUGUGGAUGAAGUCUAUCUAUACAGCGACGCCACCACGUCCAAGAUCGCCCGCACCGUCACACAGAAACUGGGCUUCUCCAAAGCCUCCAGCAGCGGCACUCGACUGCACCGCGGUUAUGUAGAGGAGGCGUCGCUGGAUGAUAAACCUCCAAACACCACACACAUCGUCUUCGUCAUUCACGGCAUUGGACAGAAGAUGGACAAAGAUCGCAUCAUUAAAAACACUGGCAUGCUGCGUGAAGCAGUGAGGAAGAUGGAGGAGAAGCACUUUGCUGAGCAGGCAGAGGAACAUGUGGAGUUCCUGCCGGUCGAAUGGCGAUCCAAACUGGCUCUGGAUGGCGACACGGUGGAGUCCAUCACGCCAGAUAAAGUGAGAGGCCUGAGGGAUUUACUCAACAGCAGCGCCAUGGACAUCAUGUACUACACCAGCCCGCUCUACAGAGACGAGAUCACUAAAGGUUUGACGCAGGAGCUCAACCGCCUCUACUCUCUCUUCUGCUCACGAAACCCCGAAUUUGAGCGGAACGGUGGUAAAGUGUCCAUCAUCUCCCACUCUCUGGGCUGCGUGAUCACCUUCGACAUCAUGACCGGGUGGGAUCCUGUGCGCUUCUGUCUGCAGGAGCACCACGAUCAGCUGGAGGCCGAAGAUUCACAGUGGAGCAGCUAUGAAGAGCGACACCUGCUGGAGGAAGUGCAGCUCACCAGACAAAGGUUACAUGAACUACGAGAUCAGCUUCACGGCCUGAAGGAAUCAAAACCUGCAUCCUUCCCUACGCUGAAGUUUAAGGUGGAGAACUUCUUCUGCAUGGGUUGUCCUCUGGCUGUGUUCCUGGCAUUGAGAGGGAUCCGGCCUGGAAACACUGGUCAUCAGGACCACAUCAUGCCCAAAUCCAUCUGCCGGCGCCUCUUCAACAUCUUCCACCCGACAGAUCCUGUGGCCUACCGACUGGAGCCUCUGGUAUUAAAGCACUAUAGCAAAAUCGCACCGGUUCAGAUACACUGGUGUAACACCAUCAACCCCACGCCAUAUGAUGAGAUCAGACCCACUUAUCUAAACACAAGCAAAGACACAGCGUCUGACAUGGAGAACGGCUCCAGUCCCAGCACCUCGCCUGUCCUGGCCAGGAGACACUACGGAGAGUCCAUCACCAACCUGGGCAAGGCCAGCAUAUUAGGUGCUGCGAGCCUUGGCAAGGGCAUCGGUGGGAUUUUGUUCUCUCAUUUCUCCCGCUCUCCCAGUCUGCCGUCAGCUGUGGAUUCUGGGAUGGGGGACAGCGAGGACAGCCAAAGCACUUUCACAUUUUCAGCCAUUCCUCCUUCCUCAUCCUCCUCACUAUUUGAUGCAACAGUGGAGAUGGAGCACCGCAUUGACUUCGAGCUGCGCGAGGGUAUGGUGGAGAGCCGCUAUUGGUCAGCGGUGACCUCACACACAGCCUAUUGGACGUCCCAUGACGUGGCCCUGUUCCUCCUGACCUUCAUAUACAAACAGCAGAGCACAGAGCAAACAGAAAACAGCACAGCCAUGUAGCACAGGUGACGCAGUACACACUGAUCCAUCCCUUAAAUCAACACUUAGUGCCUCCGAGUUCCUUUCCUAGGCCUUUCCUUACGGACAGAGGCGGGACUAUGCAAAUACCUCCAGCACUGAUCCUCAUCAUUAAGAAACAGCAAUAAUUUCUAUAUUUUUAUAUAGUCAAGUCCAAAGAAAUUUGAUCUAUAGAAAGAUCUAGAGAAAUGUCUUUAUUUAGUUAAUGGUAUAUAAUAGUAUGACUGCAUUCAAAAUUGCCUACUUCUCGAGUAGGUACUACAUUUGAAUUUACUACACGACCCAAUUCAAAUAGUAUGAAUGUGAGUAGUAUGGAUGGAAUUUGGACGUACUACAUCAGCCAUUUUGUCUUUAUCACUCGACCUGCACACCUCGGUUGUCUCAAUUCACCCACGUUCAUGAAUUCUCUCUAAGUGCAUCAUGGGAUAGCGUAGCGUACAUCAUAUGCGCACUUCAGAAUCUCGGGAGUAGUAGGUCAUCUCACUUCUCAUAUUGUUUUUCUAAUGGUAUGAAUACUGUUUUUCAUGCACUAAAUAGUAGGUAAGUGUGCGGUUUGGGACACACCCUAUGUGUACACGAUGAGAGAUUCCUUCUGUUCUGUUUCGACUUGAGCAAUCAGUGUGUGUUUAAUGCAUUAAUAUGUUUAUUAACAUACAUAACUACUGUAAAUCUGUGUGUUUAUGCAGAAUGUCCUGCACUUUGUAUUUAUUUUAUUUAUUUUAUUGAGGGUUUCACAAGAUUAGGAAUUAUGAUGACAGGCUGGAAAGAUAACGUUCACCCAUAAAUAUAUAUAUAUUAAUUAUUUAUUUUUGACAUUAUUUUCAUUAGAAAGAAACAUAUUUGUGAUCCUGGACCAUAAAACCAGUCAUAAGUGUCCAUUUGUGGAGGUUUAGGGUGCAAAAUAGUUCAAACAAGUCACGUGCGAGUAAACUCUCCCCACAUUGAUCAGAGUUUCAGGGUUUAUUCUUCCCACAAAUUCCACUCAGCUGUCAUGCGUUGCUUUUUUAACUAAUAAUGAUAAGCAAUAAGACAUUAAAGGUGCAAAGAUGCACUUUUAAUUUUGACACCCACACACCUCAUAACCAAAUAGACCAGGCAUGGGCAAACUUGAUCCUGGAGGGCCGGUGUCCCUGCAGAGUUUUGCUCCAACACUAAUCAAACACACCUGAACACCCUAAGUAGUGUCUUUAAGAUCACUAGAAAGCUACAAGCAGGUGUGUUUGAUUGGGGUUGGAGCAAAACUAUGCAGGGACACCGGCCCUCCAGGAUCGAGUUUGCCCAUCCCUGAAAUAGACUAUAACUCAGAGAGGUCAGACUUUCUCAUACAGAGCCUCAUUUCAGUUGUCAGGGGUUGUACAAGUCUAUGUAUUGAAUCUAUCGCCAUUCAUUCAUGUGACAUUUAAUUGUUUAUUUUAAAAUAAGAAUAAGACAUUCAAUAAUUUAGUUUUCAUUAUUAAUUAUGAGUUUAAAAAUAACGUUGGCUAGGAUUCUGCAUUAUAGGCUUACGUUAUAGAGAGAAAUAACAGAUGAAGCGAGACUGCAGUCUGAUCAUGAAGCGGAUCAGUGUUGAUCUUACUUUGUCAGUGCAGAAAUAUGAACAAAACAAUAUGCCAAUGCCUAAUACAAAAUAUUAUACGAUUAAAAUAUGCAAAUCAGAUGGUAAUGUCAGCCUGUUGUCCUAACGGAUAAACAGCUCUCGGUAAUAGUUCAGUUGCCAUCAAUCCUACUGGUAAAUGUGCAUUUCAUGUAGAAUACGAAAGUGAAAGCUGCCCUACUCAUCAUUCUCCCUGCAUAUAGCCGUAUAGAUGGCUAUUACAUAUCCAUAAUACACUGUGAUAUAGCCUGCUUUGUUAGUUCGUUGGAUCGUAUUGCUAUCUCACUACAAUUGAUCCCCUCCAGAGUUCGUUUCAAUCGAGCCCAGACCACGCGCUCGUCAGAGAACGAUUGCUGGAUUCACAUAUGCCAAAGGAACCGAGCUAACGGGACAAAACAAUGCCAGGGGUGUACAGAAAAAUAUGAAAAGCAUAAUAGAGUUAUAUGAAAGUUCAUAAACUUAAUAGCUAAAACACAAUAAAAUAAUCAAAUGUUAUACGUUCUCGCUGCAGUCCAGUACGUAUUGGACAUUGUACCGCCCACUGUAACGCCCAUACUACUGUGACAGUUGGGUUUAUGGUAGGGGGAGGUGUAGACGAUUACUCAGUGGACCUGGUCCAGUACGUCAUCAAUAGGCCCAGACGGAAUCUGCAGACGUUUUUUGCUAUUUCUGCUGAGAAUUUUGGUUAAAAAUCUGCAGAUUUCUGCUGAAUUAUUUUGGGAGUAUCAUAACUAAAACCUUAAUAUGUGAAAUAAAAAAUAAUAUCCUUUUAACUUCUAAUGUUUAAAAUGCAAAUCCAAUUAGAUUCACUUCAUUUGGUAAACAAAGCAAGUCUCUCAUAUAAUAUCUCUACUAAAAGACAGAAAAUAUUACUGUACAAACUGCACUGUACAUAAAUCAGAUGAACAUUUUCAUAAUAAUCAAUAAUGUUACUGUCAUUCUUUUAUAAACUGAAUAAAAGAUUUACACACAUUUACUCAAGUUCAAUUCAGUUCAAUUCCCCUUUAUUUGUAUAGCGCUUCUACAAUGUAGAUUGUGUCAAAGCAGCUUCACAUAAAAGGUCACAGUAAAUAGGAACAGUGCAGUUCAGUUUGUAGUGUUUAAGUUCAGUUCAGUUGAGCUCAGUUCAGUGUGGUUUAAUAAUCACUACUGAGAGUCCAAAUACUGAAGAGCAAAUCCAACGAUGCGCAGCUCUACAGAUCCUGAACCAUGCAAGCCAGUGGCGACAGCGGAGAGGGAAAAAAACUUCACUAAAUGGCGAAAGUGAAGAAUUAAAAAACCUUGAGAGUAACCAGACUCAGUUGGGCACGACCAUUUUAAUUUCUCCGCUGGCCAAACGUCUUGUGCAGAGCUGCAGUCUCAGCGGCGGAGGCUGGAAGCUGGCCUCAGCGAAGACUCGUCUGUCUCUGGAGCGUCACAGGAAUCAGUCUCAUGUUCUCCACUCCUCCAUGACCACCACAGUAGCUGCUCGGGAUACGGCCCGGUCCAGGAUAUGGAAACCUUGGGAUCAUCUCGUCGAUGGCAAGUAAAUAAACAUAAUUAACGAUGGGCUGGAAAUCUGUGGAAAAUCAUGCGCAGAUUCAGUGUGGGUCUAGUCAUCAAGCUGCAGUGAGGACUGUCUCGGUUCCGAAACGUCUAGGUGUGAAAGCACACUUAUACGUCACCUGGAAUUGUUAUAUUUUGCUGAGAGGCAACUAUUUAAAAUUCUGCAAUCUGAGGGUUCAUGUCAAUACUGAGAAAAUCAUCUUAAAUUGUUAAAGUUUUGAUAUAUUUCGAGUAGUAAUUCACUGAAUAUCUUCAUGGACAUGAUCUUCCCUUAAUACUCCAGUGAUUUGUGGUGUAAAAGGACAAUAAAUCAUUUAAACCUAAAGCGUAUGUUUUGGGAUUUUGCCUCAAAUACCCCACUGCAACAUACAUUUUGUGGUCCAGGGUCACAUUCCUGUCAAAUCUAAUGUGUGGAGGGUCUGCGCUUCAGUUAAUCAUUCAUUCAUUUUCAUUAAUUAAUAUUCCCAAUGUAGUAAAUGCAUUAUUGAAUUGUCUUUACUCCAAACCAAGCAAAUUAAACAGCAUCCUGGCGCUACAUUCACCCUACUUCAGGACUUUGAUUGACUGAUUUAAGAGCUCUGUGUCGCUUUCUGCCAUUUUGUCUGACGAACAAAGCAAAAAUCGAAUGCAUUUAGCAGAUUAACAUCGAUAAACCUGAACUUGACAAUAUGUGAAAAUGUUUUCAUUAGGCUGAGGAAUAUACCAAUUUAAUUUCAAUUCAAUUUCAGUUUUUUUGGUACGAUGCUUUCCACUAUAAUUACUGUUCCAAAGUAGCUUAACAAAAGGUGUGCGUUAUUUCAUUACAAUCAACAUCAGAAAUGGACACACAAGAUGGCAGAAAGCACAUCCUGUUUGUUUCCUUCGUUUUACAAAAACACUAUAUUUUCUUAUGGAGCUAGAUUAGUCUCAAUAAUAAUUAUAUAUAUAUUUAUGAGCGUUAUACAACAGUUCUGUCUGGUUCUCCAAUCUGAUUGGCUGAUAGCCGUGUGAUAUUCUGGAAUCACAGCACUCGUACAGCCUCUUCACCCUUCUGUAUUACUCCGCCCACACGGAGUGAUCAAUAAACUCACUACAGUUUGACAAA